AUGCGUACACAACCUGCCCAAUCCCAGCCCCAGGCCAGGAAGAAGAAGCAGUCGGAAAAAGCAGUCAUUCUCGGAAGAAGAUUUGCCACCGUCAAAGUCGCAAAGGAUCGGUCCUUCAACGUCCACGAAGACUUGAUUUGCUCGCGUUCCGAAUACUUCAAGAACCUAUUACAAAAGAACCGCAAGGAAUUGGACGAGGAAUGCGCAAUAUGCCGCGAAGGCUUCGAAGUCACCAAGGAUGAUGUUGUCCACUGCCAAACCUGCGGCCAAAACCUCCACGACGAUUGCGUUGCGCAAUGGCAUACCAGAGGGGACGAUAAGCGUUGCCCCUUUUGCCGUGCCGCUUGGACGCCGGACAGCGAGGCCAAAACUAUCAAAUGCCAAUCGCUGGAUGUCGAUGGCUUUGACACGUAUGUGAAGUUCAUCUACGGCAAAGGAAUUGCAACAUACACCUCCGAAUCUAACAAUCAUGAUCAGCGCACUCUUCGACUAUGCAAAGCUUGGAUUGUCGGCAACAUUGUGGAUGACAAGGAAUUCAAAAGGGCAAUCAUUGAAACUUUGGAAGAGCACAUCGAAGAUUCAAACCAGCUUCCGGGAGUGGAGCCCAUGGAAUACCUCUUCCAUGAGAUCGAAGACAGACGUAGGCAUGGUGAGCUCCAUAUCUUCAUGUUGCGCAUAUUUAAGACCAAGGGCAGCAACGUCACGAGCAUGUGGUAUGAUGAAAUCGACAGUCCCUGGGUCUGUACGUUCUUGAAGUGUCUGAGUCAUGAGUUGUUGAAUCCCACAGUAUAA